AUGUUUGGUCGUUCUUCCAACACAACUAGUGGCUUUGGUGGCUUUGGGUCGAAUAACUCGAAUGCCAAUAGUGCGUCGUCUCCUUUUGCUGCAGCCUCUAACACGCCUUUUGGGUCUAAUAACAAUGCGAAUAACGCUGGAGGCUUGUUUGGCGCCAAUAACAACAAUAACGCUAGCAAUAAUGGUGCUGGUAACCUCUUUGGUGGCCAUGCCAAUACGACUACCAGUCCUGGAGGCUUUGGCUUUGGAUCCAAUAAUAACAAUAACAAUAAUGCCGCCAGUUCCAAUGCUAGUGGUCUAUUUGGUAAUCGGAAUGCGAGUGGUUCUCCCUUUGGCGGUGCCAGCACUACUGGCUCUGCAUUUGGUGCUAACAGUCGCAAUACCAAUACCAAUACCAAUACCAAUGGCGGAGGACUUUUUGGAGCCUCCAAUACAGGAGCAUCUAGUGGCUUUGGAGGGUCAAAUACAAGUUCUCCAUUUGGACAAUCAGCCGGUGGAUUCAGAAAUAGUAUGGGAGCUGUACAGCAGAACCAAGGUACCGGUGUCACGCCUUUCAAGGAGCAGAUUGAGAAGGACUCCAUCAUGGGCACUCUAAUCUACGAGAGCAUUUCUGCCAUGCGCGAAUAUCAGAACUUUUCUUUUGAGGAAUUGAGGGUUCAAGAUUACCUUCAACAGAGACGAUUUGGUAAUGGCGGUGCCGGUACUACUAGCGCCUCUGCCGGGGCCUUUGGUGCAAAUAGCAAUAAUUUUGGUGGCUUUGCAAACAAUAAUACCGCCACUACAAACAAUGUCUUUGGUGCUGGUAAUAACAACAGUUCCAAUAACACUAAUACUGGUAACCUCUUUGGCUCUAGCAACUCCAGUAGUCCGUUUGGUGCCAAACCAGUGGGUAUGUUUGGUGGAAAUAAUACCAAUGUUGCAGGUACCGGCUUUGGUUCCUCGGCUUUUGGGUCCGGUAAUACGAACAAUGCUUUUGGACAGAAUAACAAUAACAAUGGCAGCACUACCAGAUCCCCUUUUGGAGGCUUUGGUAAUAACGCCACUACUACAACCUCACCCUUUGGUGCCAACAACAACAACAACAACAAUUCUAUCACUGGUGGGCUGUUUGGUGCCAAUAACACCAACAGCGGUAACACCAACAGAUCUCCGUUUGGAAAUAAUGGUUAUGGUGCUAACAAUGGCAACAACAACUCUGGUGGUAUGUUUGGUAAUAACAACAACACUUCUGGUGGUAUGUUUGGUAAUAACAGCAACCUCAACAGUAAUAAUAAUAACACUGGGGGUCUGUUUGGAACCAAUAAUAGCACUAUCAGCAAGCCUGCCUUUGGAUUUGGCUCCGGUAAUACUGCAAGUAAGCCUGGCUUCGGUUUUGGUGCCAACAACACCAACACGAACACCAAUAACAAUAACACUACGAACAGUAUGUUUGGUAAUGCCAGCAAUACAUCUGGAGGAGGACUGUUUGGAUCCAAACCUUCUGGAGGUAUGUUCGGUAAUAAUAACAAUGCGUCUGCUGGUGGGAUGUUUGGCAAUAACAAUAGUAACAACAGUGCGGGAGGGUUGUUUGGAAGCGGUAAUAAUAACAAUACUGCUGGAGGCGGUAUCUUUGGUAACAAACCAAACACUUCGGGUGGUCAGUUUGUCAACAAUAGCGGCAAUAAUAAUACCUUUGGCAACAAUAAUAAUGCCUCAGGUGGCCUAUUUGGUAGUAAACCCACUUCAGGAGGUAUGUUUGGUAGUAAUAACAAUGGUACCAACGUCGGUGGGGCAGGGCUUUUUGGAAGUAAUAACAACCCUAACAAUAACUCUGCUGGAGGACUGUUUGGUAACAGCACCAAUAACAACAAUGCUGCGGGCGGUUUGUUUGGAAACAACGGCAAUAAUACCAAUAACUCUGGAGGCCUCUUCGGCAACAAGACGAGCUCUGCUGGAGGUUUAUUUGGCAAUAAGCCCUCUUCUGGAGGACUGUUUGGUUCCAACAACAGCGGUAUCAACAAUAACAGCAACAACAACAAUAUGGGCAAUACCGGAGGUCUGUUCGGUAACAAACCAAAUUCGUCUAGUGGGGGUUUGUUUGGCAACAAAUUAAACACGGGAGCAUCUUUGUUUGGUAAUCAGCAGAACCUAUUGCAAAAUGGUAAUAGUAAUGGUCUUGGUACCGGUUUCGGUUUUGGAAACAACCAGCAAAAGCAGCAACAACAGCAGCAACAGCAGCAGUUGGUGGCGAUGUCUAAUCAAAAUCCGUACGGAGUGGGACCACUGUUUUCAGCUACUCAGAAUGUGGAAAAUUCGGUAGUCCCGCCUCCUGUUAAGCCUAUGGCCAAGGCUAUUAAUUUGAAGAAGAAUGUCUCGCUCACUUCUGCGUACAGGCUCUCUCCUAAGCCAUUGUUUGCUUCUAAAGAUGUUCUUGUACUGAGAAGUGGUAGCAUUGUUUCAGACGUUGUUCCCUCAUUGCCUGUUUCUUCAUCGAGAUCGUCGUCGACUUCAGCCAGGAUGACCCUUAUUGAAGAUGCAAAAGAGGAUUCGAAGAGGUUGCAAAAUUCAGUAAUCUCUGAUGAAACGGAUAAGGCCAUUUUAUCGAGUUAUAUAUUUGUGCCAUCUAGAAAUACUGCCAAGCUUGUCAUCGAUAAGAGUAGGCAGGAAGGUCAUUUUGCUGGCUUGAAAGAAAAUAGCAUAUUGGUGCCUGAAAAGCAGGUUUCAUUUAAGAUUGAGCAAAAGGAUGAUGAGGCCAUGUCUCAGAAGACAGUUGAUAAUGAGAACAGUACGACCGUAGCUGGUUCAACAUUCACUGUCGCAGCGUCUACGCCAAUUAAGUUGGACUUUGAAGUGCCGGAUGCAGAUGAGAUUUCAUCUGGUUCUGAAGACUCCAUUACCCUUCCGGAUGAUUACUGGACUUCGCCCUCUAUAGAAGAGAUUAAGAAGAUGGAUCCGGAUCAAUUGAGCUCUGUGAAGAACUUUAGUGUUGGCAGAAGAGGAUGUGGACAAAUUGAAUUCCUAGAACCUGUGGAUCUUACAUCUAUUUCAUUGUCCAGCUUAUCUGACAUAGCUGUCUUUGAGAAGGGGGCUGCUGUGUUAUAUCCUACGGUAGAUUCCAGGCCAAAGGUGGGCGAGGGUUUGAAUAAGCCGGCAAUUUUCUCUAUUGAGGGAUGUUAUCCACCUUCAAAGGACCGUAAAACGGUGAUUACUGAUCCACAUCAUCCUGUCGUGGCAAGGCAUAUAAGAAGAUUACGCGCCAUUCCAAAUACAGAAUUUCAAAGUUAUGAUGCUGUUACUGGUACUUGGGUGUUCAAAUUGCAGCAUGUGUAA